AUGGCCUCUCGUAUUUCGCAAGAAUCUGGCGCCUCUGGACGCAUAGGGCAUCAUUGGCUACAGCGCUUUUUGACGCGUCAACCAGCUAUUCGGUCCAAACUGGGUAGGAAGAUAGAGGUCCUACGAAUCGAAAACACGAAAGCAGAUAGCUUAAGGACCUUUUUUGAGCUAUUCCGACGCGUACGCAAAGAAUACAAGGUUGCAGAUGAAGAUAUCUGGAAUAUGGAUGAAACUGGACUGGCCCUGGGCAGCUCUGCCCAUCAACAAGUACUAGGUCGUUCUGCUACCUCUCGUACAUACAAAAAGAGCCCUGAAAACCGCGAAUGGGUAUCUACUGUUGAGACAAUAUCUGCUGCAGGAAGAUCAAUUCCAUGCCUUGUGAUUUUCAAGGGCAAAAACAUACAGAGUUCGUGGUUUGAGGCUUAUUCUGUUCCUGAUUGGCAUUAUACUACAUCAGAAAGAGGCUGGACCUCUAAUGAUAUAAGCAAGAGAUGGUUACAACAGAUUUUCAUCCCUUAUACGCAGCCCAAGAUUACUGGCGCCAACAGAAUUCUGCUAAUGGAUAACCAGGGUAGCCAUAUACCAACUGAUUUCAUGUGGAUUUGUUUCCAAAACAACAUUCGAUUGCUCUAUAUGCCUGCGCAUUCAAGCCAUGUUCUACAGCCUCUUGAUUUGGCUGUAUUUUCGCGUCUCAAAUCGUCAUAUAGAGCGCAGAUUGAGAAGUUGGCUAAAUAUGAGAAUGCUGCACCAAUCAAGAAAAUCCGCUUCGUCAAAUACUACAACCAAGCAAGGCAGGAUGCUCUAAAAGAGAUCUAUAUCAGAGCAGGCUGGCGAGGAACUGGUUUGAUACCUUGGAAUCCACAAAAGGUACUAAAAUCCAGUCAAAUCUCACAGGAUUCUUAUGAGAUCAAUACAAAGAAGCAAAAAGUAGCUGUUACAGAUAGCAAUGAGAUGUUUGCCAACAUUGAGAGCAUUAUGGCAGCGCAGGAGGAGCAGGCCAGGCGUCAGAAGCUGACAGAGGCCCGGGAUUUGGCUGCGGAGGCCCGUAAAACGGCUAAUAAGGUGAUCAAUAUGACAAUUGAUCAGAUGACCACUGUAUUUAGUCAAUUUGAAGCAGUAGAAUAG